AUGUUAUUCGCUGAAAUUAUUCUAUUGGCCAUUAUUUGUUAUUAUUUAAUUUAUAUUCUUCUGUGGCUAAUAUUGGAUUGUAAUGUGCGUCUCUGGUGGAGUUUAUAUUUCGGUACAUCAAUAUCUAAGCUAAAAGGUCAAGUGAUAUGGAUAACGGGAGCAUCCAGUGGUAUUGGUCGCGCUUUGGCCAUCGUCUUGGCAAAACAUGGUGUUAAGCUGGUGUUGUCGGCACGUCGUGCUGAUCGUUUGGAAAGCCUUAAAGAAGAAUGCCUCCAGGUGGGCAAAGCAGUGUUAAAAGACCAUGACAUCUUGGUAUUACCAAUGGAUAUUUUGAAAGUCACGGAACAUAAACAGCAAUUGGAUAAAAUUUUGGAACAUUUUGAGAAAAUAAAUCUGCUGGUGAAUAAUGCUGGCCGAUCACAACGAGCCCAUUGGGAAGAUAUUGCCAUACAAGUGGAUCGUGACCUCUUCGAAUUGGAUGUCUUUGCCACGCUGCAUCUGUCACGUUUAGUGGUGCGUUACUUUUUGGAUACGGCCACCGAAUAUCGAGGUCAUAUUGCGUGUACCUCCAGUGUGGCCGGUAUGGCAAUUGUUCCCUUUUCGGCCAGCUAUUGUGCUGCCAAACAUGCCCUAAAUGCCUAUUAUCACACAUUGGCAAUGGAACAUCGCAGCAUCGAUGUUACGAUAUUUAAUCCCGGACCAGUUACUACGGAUUUUCUCAAGGAAGCCUUUACUGCCUUGCCGGAUGAGAAAUUUGGUCGUGAGACAAAUGAAAGAUAUCGUAUGACUGCGGAACGGUGUGCCUACCUCUAUGCCACUGCCUUGGCCAAUAAGCUGCAGCUAUCAUGGUGUGGUCGCUUUCCCGUUAAUCUAAUGUGCUAUGUAACACGAUAUUCGCUGCUGACAAUGGUUAUGAAUUGGUUUAUAACACCACAGCGUAUGCAAAAGGUACGAGAUGGUGAAGCAUAG